AUGGACUCGAAGUUCGCACCUCUGCAAGGAAAAGUCCCGGUAUCUUUCCGGCGCUUGAUGGCGCUCAAGAAGAUCGGCGACGACGUUUUCGAAUCACUUACUGCUGCAUGGCCGCCUGCACCGUUCCAGCGAGCAUUCGGCGGCCACGUUUACGCCCAAGCGAUGUACGCUGCAAGCAGGACUGUGGAAGAGGGACUCGUUGUACACCAAAUGACAGGCCAUUUUAAUCUUCCAGGGACGAUAGACGUGCCUUUCGUCUAUCGCGUACGGAGGCUCCGAGACGGCGGGAUAUACUGUCUCCGAUCGGUCGAUGUGUAUCAGCAAUCCAACGCUGCCGCCCAAGCGUCUUCGCCGUGCUUUACGGCCACGUUAUCGUUCAAACGCUCAGAGAAGGGUAAUCGCAAAUGGCGAGAUUUCGAACAUCAGAAUGUGUCCAAGGAUCAUAUCAGGAAAGAGUACGCUUGUGCCUUGGAGGGAUUGGGACCGGAGGAUCACCCCCUCGCACCAGGUGCCGACUCACGGUGGUGGGAGGAACAAGAGGCUGAGCGCUGGAACGAGACAGCGCCCGCAUUCCCAGGCGUCGAUAUGAGAAAGGUAAAUAUGCAGCUGCACAACGGGAGCGUGGAACGAGGUGGUGGGAAAGACGGUCAAGGCGCGUCAAGAUGGCGAGCUUUGCACUUCUAUCGGCUUAUCCAAGACGAAGAAGACACGAGUGCGGGAGACAUCGAUCUGAAUCUGCACGCUGCGGCUCAUGCGUACGCGUCAGAUCGCAACUCGCUUUUUCUCCUGCAAGGCGCACUGGGAUAUGAGGACGUCCCGACCACUAUGGCGUCGUUGUCACAUACGGUUGUCUUCCACGGUCUCGCGGAAUAUCUGUGUAUGGUCGACGGGAAAGGAUCGUCGAAGUGGUUUGUCCAGGAGGCGUGGACGACUCAUAGUGGUGAUAAUCGUGGCUGUCAUAAUAGUCGACUUUGGGAUUACGCCAGUGGGAGAGUUAUCGCGACGACAAUACAAGAUGGAAUGCUGAGAUUUCCGAGCCACCUGUAA